AAUGUCAUCCCAGGGUUUGAACUCAUCGCGCCAACAAUAUGGGACCGCAUACCCUCGACACCAUCCACACCCACAGAAGACACAUCAGCUCCGUCCCUCAUUCUCCUCAUGACAUGGACCGGAGCCCACGGCCGCCAUAUCUCCAAGUACGCCGAAGAAUACGCAACCAUGUUCCCCUCCGCCCACAUAAUGGUCAUCACCACCUCCGCCGCCGACCUGAUCUUCCGCAGCCCCAGGCGGAAACAACACCGCCUCGCGCCCGCUGUAAAAUACAUCUCCAACCUGCAACACCUCCCCUGCCGCAACACCGGCAUCCUGAUGCACGUCUUCUCUGAAGGCGGCAGCAACAAAGCCUGCGAGCUGGCCACCGCCUACCACAACACCACCGGCGCCCGCCUCCCCCUCUGCGCCCUGUACCUCGACAGCACGCCCGGCCACCCACGCUACCUGCGCCUGUGCAGCGCCCUCGCAAAGUCCUUCCCGCCCAUCCCCGUCCUCGCGCAACUCGCAUCCCUGAUCGCCUCCAUCCUGCUCGGCGCCGUGUGGAUCCUGUACAACCUCGUCGUCGGCUACGCCAACAACCCCGUGACGCGCGCGCGCACCCUGCUCCUGGAUCCCGUGCUCUUCGACCCCGCGCUGCCGCGCUGCUACCUGUACUCGCGCGCCGACGCGCUCAUUGCGUGGCAGGACGUGUACGAGCACGCGGGCGCGGCGAUGGAGCACAGCGGCCGCAUCACGGAGGUGGUGUUCGAGGACUCGCCGCACGUGGGGCAUGUGCGGGCGGACCCGGCGCGGUACUGGGGCGCGGUGGGCGAGGUGUGGCGCGGGAGUCGG